AUGUUGAUACAUAAUUUUGUUGGAACAUUUUAUGUAAGGUUGGAAGCAAAGCUGGAAGCAAGAUUUGAUACAUGGUUGGAUGCAACGUCGUAUGCAAAGAUUAGAAACAAGAAAUUUACAACCCUGGAUACAAUUUUGGAACCAAGGUUGAAUACAAUGAUGGAAGCAUGUUUGGAAGCAAGAAUGAAAUGCAAGGUUGGAAGUAAGGUUGAAGCAAGGUUGGGAUGCAAGAUAUGA